GCUCGUAGUCUCCUGUCCGUUUAAAUUCAAGUACUAUCCCUGUGAAGUUAUUUUGUCCCUCGUUUCAGUUUCCAAGCUUCGUUUUCCAUUCACUGACUAUGUCUGAGAAAGCAAAGGAGCUGAAGACAGAUGAGACAGAAGGAGCGAGGGUGAGAGCGCUGAAGGAGGCCUUAAAUCACAGCGUGGAGAAGAUCCUGGGAGGCUGGAAGGCUUCACUAUUCGCCAAAUGUUUCCCUUCUCUCUCGACUGACAAUGAGGCUGUCCUGGAAGCCAUUCGGGUGUCAGUGGUGGAGGCUGUGCGCAGGGCCAUAUAUGAGGACAUCGGAGGGAUCAUUGAGGAGGAGGGUGUUGCUGGGCCACUGGAGGAGCUCAGUGCCUUGGUCAAGAAUUAUGCUGGGCCUAAGUAUGCCAAGGCUUGGAGGCCGAGUGGGGAGCCUGUAGCUGAUGCCCGGGCACACGAUGCCAAGUUUUUGCAACAUGAGAAGCAACGUCUAUUGGAAAGUUUGGAGUCCCAUAGAAAAGGUUCAGAGGAAUUAUUGCAACGUGUCAAGUCAGGACGCAAGGAGUGUAGAGAAAAUCAGAAAGAAAUUCAGAGCCGGUUGUCAGCACUGAAGGAGCUCUCUGAUGUGUGUGGCAGACUACAAAAAGAGAAGAGGAUUGCUUUCUGCAAUAACAUGUUCUUCGGUGUUGACCUUCCUCAUGAUGUGGCAGAGGGUAAUGCUGUGUAGUUAUUGCCCUCCCUGGGGAUCUAUAGAUCAGUGUGUGUUAUUUUUCAUUGAUAAUAUUUUCCACCAGUGGCAUUAUCAUUUAUAUAGGUCUGAUGGAUGCUGCUUGUCAUGAUGAAGUUUGUUAAAGUUCUUUAAGCUGUUUGUACUCCAGUCCUCUCUUACUGAUAUCUUAUACUUGACCCCUUAUGGACAGGGUCUCAAAUAGUCCACACUCAUUCAAUGCUAUGCAUGUCAAUAAAUGAGAUAUAAAUGUAUUUUCAGUCUUUCUAAUUUAAAAACUACCCUUUAAGGUAGUUUUGUUAAAAAACAUGCCACUGGGUGUUGUGGUUACCUUUACCCUGCCUGUGAAGGGUGAAAAGCUGCUUUUCUAAAUGUUUUUUCUUGUAUAUAUUAAGAAAGGAAAGGGACAGAUUAGAUAUGCCUUGAUAUAGAUAAACCUAAAAAAAAAGUAGAGAGAUUUUUUAUU